GUCAGAUUAUUAGCAUUAUUAACGGUAUUAUUAGUCAAAAGCUCAUAAUCAUAAACAUGAAAGUGGACGAUUUUGUUAUUGUAACGCAUUCAUAGCCAUCUUGGGCCUCAUGUGGGUUGGACACAUACUGGCAUAUAGCAUUUAGCGGUCUUAUUAUAAUAUAUGGUUGAAGGUGAAGGAGGAAAACUGAAUUUAAAUUGUUUUUUAGAGAUUUAAGGAUGUGAAAAGAAAAAAAAUUCAUGGACGUAAUUUUUUUGGAUAGUAAUUUGUGGAAUAUGUGAGAUCUUUUUUAACGAAGUUUAAAUAUAAUUCACAAACUUCCUGUUAGUGGUUUCCCCUAUUACCCUUGAACCUGUCCGUUCAAGAUGGCUUCCCUCGUUUCAAGUAAAGUUAGCCGGGUCCCACUGCUCUUUAAAUCAUGUUCACGUCUGAUGGCUGCUGUGCAAAGAAAUUAUGCUGAUAUGGCUUUCACAUUUGCUUCUCCUUACGAUGUAAGUUGCAAGAUUUAACAUAAUUUUAUACCGUAGUCUUUUUUUUUACACCGUGAAGUCGGAGUAAUUUUCAGUUCCAGUUCAGUUCAGUAAUAAAAAAAAAAGUGCUUUAAUUAAUUUGUUAAAUUAAUGCACUUUGAUUUAAUUGGGCCUGUCUCCUCAGUACUCUACAGAAUCUAUACAAGGUAGUUUGUUUUUUUAAAGAAGUAUUAUUUUGGCUUUGGCCUACUUUUUAUAUAUAUGUCAUAUGUAUAAUAAAUAAUAAUAAUAUAUAAAAAAUUGUACCUCCAGAGUUUCUUCUCUUUAUUCUAAGGGAAGCGUUAUCCACACAGCUCUGCGAAUAACGUUGAGCGUUAUCGGCAGACCGAAAUCUGCGACUAAUGUCGAGCGUUAUUGUUAGACAGAAAUUUUCCCAUAAUGAUGCAAAUUUCUAGAAAUAAUUAGGAUCACAUUCCAAGCCGGGGUUGGGGUGUAGUUUUAAGUGGUGUAGGAUAGAUCGAUCUUUAAUGAGAAUGGCACAAACACAUCUCAAAACCGAAGCUACCGGUACGCACAAGUUUAAUUAAAAAAAUUUAAUAGGCCUUAUAGCCUAUAUAUUGGAUAUAGGACAAUUAAUUGUGCCUACAUCUGCUCUGUUAGGGGCCAACAUAGGGUCUAUUGGACUUUUAGAGUGUUACUAAUAUAUCCAGUCAAACCUCCUACUCCUAGACAUAGCAAAUUUUCUGGUAUUUCAUAUUAAAUGUUAUACCAGUAAUAAAUAUGGUACCGGUAUUCUUCAUGUAGACUCAAUUUCACCCAUUGUAGAGAUGUUUUUAAAUGAUGUCAAAGCUUGAUAGGAUAUACGGUAGUUUAGUUUUUUUAAAGCACUAUGAUAAAUCACGUAGUCCAGAAAUGUUCUGUCAGAAAUAGUUGACAUGCCGUGCAACAGUGUUAUGAUGCAGAGAGGUGGCUGCAUCAGGCGGCCAUGUGAGAGACGGGGAGGGGCAUGUAGGCCCUACAUCGAUAAUAACAGAAUCUAAUCCUGUUUAAGUUUAAGGCUAGUAUUUUUUCCUCAUCCUUGAGGGUGUCCCUAAGUCUACCCAGCUCUGGCCUUAGCUGGGAAAAGUAAAGGUGGCUGGUUAUUGCGCUGGCCAUACACUCAAACUUGUAAACGCUGCUUCAAUUGCCCCAAUGGAACUUUACUUCCCCAAGACUCGCCAUGCAUCCGACGACCAGCAGGGUUCCAAUUAAUUUUUGUAUGAUUUUUUUGUAUUUAGACCCAUAAUUACAACAGUGGCAGUAUUGCUUUUUGUUUCAAUUUUCAACAUUUUUUUUACAAGAGCUAAAAUUGUUGAUGUCAAUGAUAUUGAUGUUUUAAGUAUGGAACCGGUAUGUUCAUUUCAUUGUCAUCACUAAAUGUUAUUUCAACUAUUUCUGGAGCGGCAUAUUGUGUCCCUACUUAUUAUGAUACUUAUUAGAAAAUAAAAUGAAACAAAUAAAACGUGACAUAUUUUUUCAGCUAAAUAUUUCAUUGUCAUCACUAAAUGUUAUUUCAACUAUUUCUGGAGCGGCAUAUUGUGUCCCUACUUAUUAUGAUACUUAUUAGAAAAUAAAAUGAAACAAAUAAAACGUGACAUAUUUUUUCAGCUAAACAUUAAUACACAACUCUGUGAUAUAAAAUAUUUGAAUAAGUAAGUUAUUAAUAUUUAUUUGUUUAUUACAGAAAAAACAAAUGGAUGUUAAAGUCUAUGAGUGGAAUUAUACAAAGAAAAUUAAACCGUCAAAAGAGCUAAAAGUAUAUCACAAUGUGCAGUUAGAACAGCUGUAUCUGACUUAAACAUGGUUUAUGCGGCUCAUCUGCAUGUCCAUGUUGUUAACAGUUUUUUGAAGAAACUUGAACAUUCUAACAAAAUAGAUUGAAACUAGAAUUUUGAAUACUUACGUUGUUGGACAGAAUGAAAAGUAUAAUAAAAUUGUAUAAAUAAAAAGUGUAACAUUAGUAACAAAACUAUCUGAAAAUAAUAAUAAAACUAUGUGAAAAGAAUAAGAAAGCUAUAUGAAAAAUAUAAUUAUAAAAUAACCAUUAAAUAUUUUUUUUUUUAAAUUGUAUUUAUAAAAAGUAGAUUCCCCAACAGGGAAUCGAAGCCUUGUCUUUGGGGUGACAGGCGGAGAUACUGACCACUACACUACCGAAGAAAUGAAUACAAGUGAACUUUGUAUUUUAUAUUCAAAAUUUAAUUUAUCACAUUCUGUGAAUAAUGUCGAGCGUUAUCGGCAGACCGAAUUCUGGGAAUAACGGCCAGCGUUAUCCGCACAUCUCUGUGAAUAAUCACUUCGUUAUUCUAAGGACUAAUGAUCCAACUUUAUAUAGGCCUAAAUAAUAUAAUCUGUAGAGGAUAGUUGUAAUUGUAUUAUAUUGUGAUGCUGAUACUCUGUAUUAAAGCAUCAAACCAGACGACUGUUCUAGCACAUAACUUUUACACUUAAAACAUACAUACAGAGUUGAAUAAUGAUGAUGGUCCAUCAAUGACAAUGGAUGCCAUUCAAUGAAAUAACAUUGAGGCAACAUUGCAUAGUUUAAUAAAAAUCUUUUAAGCUGCUAAAACUUAUUUGUCAUGACAAGGACACAUUUACAAAAUAACUAAUACAGUUACAGUUUGAAAAUAAGUGUAAUUUAAUUCUUCAAAAUGGAGUUUGUUGAUCACAAUUGUUAGGGUGUUUUGUGUGUGUGUGUUUUUUUAUUACCAUUCUUGGAUUUGAAACAAAACAUUCUUGAUUUUUAUUAGUAUUAGGGUAGCAGUAGGGUAUUAAUUUGUUGAGGUGGGUACUGCCUUAUCUAUGGGUGUUUUUACACAUAUUACUCACACCAGUUGUAUUGGGAUCUAAACAUACUCAUGUGCAAAUGGUGUAUGACUCAGUGCAAAGGGUUAAAAGGUGAGAGAGGAUAUUUUCUCUGGUUUUGGCAGUGGCCCAGCAAUCUUUAAAUGAAUAAAUCCUUUUUAUAAAAUAUUAUAAUUAAAAACCUGCCCCUGUCUGGGGCUUCUUAAAUAAAGUUGAUAAGGUCACUGACCCCUGGGUAAAAGUUAAAGGAACACAUGCAUGACAUAAAGAAACAGAAGCUUUGUCCAGUCUUAAAACAUUUGAACACUUUUUUGGGGUCAUUGGGAAUUUUACAUUCUAAAGUUUUACUUUACACCAAGAGCACACCUGAAAGGAUAUGAUGAUGAUAGAGUACUUUUAUGGUGCUUGUGUCCAUGUUAUUUUAGCAUGCUUAUGACGCUCUGAUGUCAUAAAAUCUAUUUAAAGAACAGUCUUUAAAUAAAUGUUUCUUAAAUGACUUUUUUAUCAUUUUCAAUGUCCUUUAAAGAUUGAGGCAAACUGUUCCACAAUUUAGGCGCAAUUGCUUCAAAAGAGCACACUCUGCUUGUCUUCUCUCUGUGUCUAUCCACACUGGGAAAUCUUAAUAAGGACUAUUUCAAAGAAUGCAGGUUCUGUAUGGAUACAUGUUUAGAAAUCAGUUUUUGAAGAUAUACAGGUUCAGAGCCUUCUACUUCUAUACAGUUAUACGCCAGGGACAUAAUUUUGUCGUCAAUGCGCUCACUCACAGGAAGCCAGUGGAGAUCUUUAAGAUCUGGGUUGUUGUGGUCAGAUUUCUUUAUACGCGAUAAAAUGCCUGAUGCAGUAUUUUGUACCUUCUGGAUAAAGACGGAGAACGGAUUGAUUUUCAGACUAGAAUUUGAUACUUUAUUCUUUAGAGGGGAUAAAAAAUAUGAUAUUUCCAUGUGAUAUUUAUUUAUUUAGGCAUUUUUAUAUAGCGCUUACCUUAAAGCUCUAAGCGCUUUACAAUUAUUAAAAACAUGUAAACUAACUAAAAUAAAAAUGAGACAUUAGGAUAGUAACUACUAUACUAUAGAAACAAUUAAAAUGGCUAUAAAACGAGGACACUUUGGCACGUUUUGGCCUAUACUACAGGAUUAACCCGAGACAGAAAAUGAGGCAGGGCAAGGAGGGUGCAUCACAGGUCAUAGGCGGACCUAAACAGAUGGGUUUUAAGGGACUUUUUAAAAGUGGACGAGGUUUCACAAUGACGGAUAUGGAAGGGGAGCUGGUUCCAGAACGUGGGCCCAUGGAAGUAGAAGGAGCGUUCACCGAUGGUCUUAGUUUUGGUUCUUGGGAUUGAGAGGGUUCUAUUGUCAAUGGAAGAACGUAGUUGUCUUGUGGGGAUGUAAGGAAGCAACAGUUCAGAGAGAUAGACAGGAAAGUGAGGGUCAGUGAACGAGUUGAAGCAAAGAUUGGCAGACUUGUAUUUGAUGCGAGAGGAUAUUGGAAGCCAGUGGAGUUGCCGCAUGUGUGGUUGAAUGUGGUCAUGUUUCUUUGAUUUAAAAAUGAGUCUGCAUGCUGAGUUCUGUGCCUUCUGAAGUUUGUCUAUGUGGUGUUGAGGAAUGCCUGCGAGAAGAGUGUUACAGUAGUCAAAUUUUGAAAGAAUGAGUGAAGAGACAAGAGUUUUUGUGGCAUCAAAGGAGAGGAGGUGUCCAAUGGUGCUGAUUUUUCUAAUUUCGUUAUAUGCUGAUCUUCAUAUAUUCAUGACAUGUUUGUCCAUGGAGAGGGUGUCUGUAAGUGUGACAUUGAACUUGCAGUGUGUGUGUGUGUGUGUGCAUUUACUUUCGGUUGCUUUUACGUGUCUACUUAUUGCAUUAUUAAUUGUACCUAAUAAUGUAAGAAAAAUUAAUGGUACCAUAAUGUCUUUUACAGGUAUAUUACAAAGAUGCCAAAGUGAAACAAAUUGAUGUCCCAACAUUUAGUGGAAACUUUGGUAUUCUUCCAAACCAUGUUCCUACUUUAGCUGUCUUGAAACCUGGUGUUGUUAAUGUUUUUGAAGAAGAUGGAACUAAUAAAAAAUUCUUUGGUAAGAAUGGAGUUUACAUUAUUUCAUGCAAAUAUAUUUGAUAAAUCUAUGAAUCUAGGAUUCUCCAAUUAAGCCAAUAUAAAUGCAAUUAUUGCCCCAUUAGGAAUGUGGACGUCAAAUAGUUCGUAUUUAUUUGUAUCUAUCUGCUUUACUUUAAAACCCUGUCUUCUCUCUGGAGUCUAUAAGAUUUGUAUGCAGAUUUUAGUUUUGACAAUACCCUGAUCAAAAUAUAAAAGUAUUACAAUUACUGUUAUUGAGAUACAAUUUUUAGGUGUUCUUUUUGGAAUUGACUUUGUAUGCUCUGUUGUAUCUUUAUCAUGCUAUAUUUGCCUUUCUGCAGUUAGCAGUGGCUCUGUAACUAUCAAUGAUGACUCAUCUAUCCAAGUUUUAGCAGAAGAGGCACAUCCUUUGGACAGACUUGAUGCAGCAGUAAGUAAAUGGAGAUGACUCUAUUUCUUUAGGAAUAGUAUAAAGUCGAACCCACUUAUCUCGACCUUGGUUAACUCGCCAACCAUAUUAUGUUGACGCUUUUGAAGUGGAACCCCCAAAUUCUCUCUUUGUCUUAGCAUUUUAUCAUCUCAUGACGAUUCUUUUAUGUCGCUGAACCAUAUAUCUCGAGCAAAAAAGGUGUCCAAAUUUGCCACUUAACCUCGGUUAUCUCGAUCCUCAUGAAUAAUGUCAGACUUUUGAAAAUAUAUACAACAGAAACGUGCCUACUUCAAACUGUAGUAAUUUAAAUGAAAUGACAAUAUCAUUGUCUGUGCAAUUAACUUAACACAGCAAGGAGCGAGAGGCUUUCAAACAAAAGAGAGGGGUCGCAGUACCUGUUCUAUUUAUAGCGAAUCCGUUUGUCGCUUAAUACUUUAUAGGCUUUCACAUGUUCUUACAGGUUGAUUUUUUUUAAAACCUAGAAUCCAUAUUUGAAUAAACUGAACUGGCCAAUUGGGAGCGAGAGAAAAUAAAAACUCCCGAAUCUGGAGCUGAAAAAUAUUUAGCUUCACGCAUCCGGAAUUCUGGGAUAAUACGGAAAAAGUGGCACCCCACAUAUGCCUUGUGUUGUUAGCAAACAUGUAUGUAUAUUUUCAUAACAUGUCGAUAGCUUCAUGAACAAAUCGCAGUAACAAUGUUGUGUAAAGAAAACUCCAAAAACAUGUGCAUGCACAUUCUCAUUUAUAAAUGCACAUGAAGUAGAUAAAAGAAAUUUCAAGCCCAUAUUAAUAUAUUGCCGCCAUAUUGGUUUUCGUUUUUCUCGAUCAUCGGUAAUCUUGACGCUCUUUGGCAAACCCUGAGGCCGGCCACAUAACCGGGUGUUACUGUAAUUCUACGUUAAAGAUAUAUACACUUGAAAUAUUUUAUGCAUUGUUUGUUAAUAUGUCAAAGGCACUUAAAAUCCUGCUGUAAGCAUUACUCUUUUGUAUACAUUGACAGGCAAUCCGUGAAGGUCUGAGCAAAGCCCAUCAAGAAGUUAGUUCAGCAUCAACAGAAGCAGCUAAAGCAGAGGCCCAGAUAGCUGUCGAAUGCUUUGAGGCAUUGCAGAAAGCUCUAGAGUAAAAGGAAUUGGCUAAUUUAUAUAAAUAAUGUUAGUUUCAGUGUGUUUCUUUGUUGUUCUUAUGGGAUUUUUGUUAAAACGUAAAAUGCUUCAAAAAAUUUAUUUUGAAGCAAUCUGAGAUGUGCGUUGAAAGCUUAUGGUGUAGACAAAAUUAAAGUAAUAUUAUAUACCUUUAUAUUAUUUGUUGUUUUUUAAUGUGAUAAAAUAUUACAAAUAAAGAAAAUGUGGAGAAAGAAAAAUUCAUUCAAUAAUAAGUAAUACGAAAAUGUUUUUACAUAAAAUUUAUUAUCAUCGGUUAGUGAAGUGAAAGAAAUCUGAUGAUAAAUAUCUUGUCAUAACUGAGCUUAAUCAGUGUAGAGCUGAUUGAUCACAAUAUUGAGGCAUUCCUUUGGCUUCCCAUUGAAACUUCCACAAACUGUUAUUGGUGUGUUCGGUGACGUAAACAAAGCUGGUACCAGGUUCGAAAUGAAUGUUACUUGGCUUAUCAAAAGGACACUUAAUACGUUUGAUUGGCUCGCCACCAUCCGGUGAAAAGACUUCAAUAAAACCACUACCCCAGUGUGCUACCAAUAAAUUACCAUGUUCAUCAAAGUCCAUUCCAUCAGGUCCAGAGAAACCUUCACAUUCUGGAGAACAUAAGUGUAGCUUUUGUCAGAAUUAAUUUACUACUGUUGGGACCAAAAAAAAACGUAUUUUAUUGUAAGAGGAUUAAAUAAUUCACAUAGUGUAACUGUAAUAUAAGCAUACGCACUUGAAUAAGUUUGGAAUGUCAUAGAACAAUAUUUCUUCAAUGAAACAUAACCUUAACUCAUUUCAUGGUUAUAGGCAAUGUUCCCUUUAAGCUGUGUGGCUGCGCAGCUAACUCACAGACGCUGCGCAGCUAACUCACAGACGCCGCGCAGCAGUUUUGAGUAUCUGCGCAGCAAAUUUUCAUGUAAGUUUGUGUUUGUGGGCUGUAAAAUUUUGCACACAAAAAAAGUGAUGCUGUAUAACUUUGUACACAACUGUAUGAAUUUGCACACGAACCAGCAUACCUUAGAGGGAACAUUGGUAUAUGUACAGCUGGUUCUGACCAAUUUUAGUAUGGCUGUUAGUUUUCUUUGUCGUAAUAUUUAAAUUUUUUUGUAUCCGUUUCUGGAUGUAAACUUUUAGUUUUUCAAAAUUUCAUAAUUAUUUAAAAACUAUCACAAAUAAAAAUUUCAGGCUAGCUCAUUAACAAUUCGGUAUGUUAAUAAA